AUGCUGAAAUUAGAACCAGAAAUUUCUCGAGAUUUUUUGGACCAAAUCUGUGAAACUGAGCAAUGGAAAUCUGUCAAACAACUCGAAGCGACUGGAAAUUUCGAUACAAAAAUUGAUUGGUUUAUGCAUUUUGAGAAGAUUACCGUACAGAAAAUAUAUUUUCUGAGUGUGGAAAAAGCAGUGGAAGUUGUUAAGAACUUUCGAAAUCGAAGUUUAUCAGUUAGAUCAUUUUUCAAAAUUUGCACAGAGUUUCCAAUGAAGUCAUUUGUACGGAAUCUUUCUAAUUUUUUUUGA